CGGACCGAUGAAGCCCCGACCUGCGGCCCGGAAGUGUCCGUGAAGAGCAGGCGAUGGGACCGGGAUCCUAGUAACAGGCGAGACGGCGGCUGCUGCCGCUGCCGCCAUGGCGGGUCUGGGCUCCAGCUCCUCCGAGCACUUCGAGCGGCUGCACGAGAUCUUCCGGGGGCUGCAGGCGGAGCUGCGGGGCGUCCCGGAGAGACUGCGGGGGAGCGCGGCUGGUGAGUGGGGCCGGGGCAAGGAAAGCGAAACAGACUGGGGCUGCAUUGCUCCACUUCCCGCUGCAGAAGAGAAGAAGAAACUAAUACGAGAAUUUGAUGAGAAACAACAGGAGGCAAAUGAAACGCUGCGGGAGAUGGAAGAAGAACUGAAAUAUGCCCCAGUGUCCUUCCGCAACCAAAUGAUGAACAGAAUCCGGACCUACAAGAGAGACCUUGCCAUGUUCCAGAGAGAGAUUAAAAGCACAGAUUUGGGGUUGGGUCUUGGAAGUCGGGGGGACACAAAAUACGGAAUCUAUUCCAUGGAAAAUGAGCAGAGUACUCAUCUGCAGUUGCAGAGGGGGUUGCUUCUCCAGGGGACAGACAGCCUGAACCGAGCCACUCAGAGCAUUGACCGUUCACAUCGGAUUGCUGCAGAGACGGAUCAGAUAGGUACCGAGAUAAUCGAGGAACUUGGGGACCAGCGAGAGCAAUUGGAACGCACCAAAAGCAGAUUAGUGAACACAAGCGAAAACUUAAGCAAAACCCGUAAGAUCCUGCGUUCCAUGUCAAAAAGAAUUAUGACUAACAAGUUGCUGCUGUCUGUCAUCAUCAUCCUAGAACUAGCCAUCCUAGGAGGUGUGGUCUACUACAAGUUCUUCCGCAAGAGCUGAACUUGCACAGCCCAGAUUGGUGUUCCCCUUUGUGUCAAGGAUUAUGCAUAGACAUAGCUGAGAAACGAGAUGGCAGUAGCUCCAGAAGAAGUGGAUGAGAGGUCUACUCCAUUUGAAAGUCCUGUGGUUGAGCUGCCAGGUUCUGGCAGCAUUUUCAACUGAAUUAUGUACUGACUCUAGAAAGACAUGCAGGUUAUAAAAAUGCAAAGACUGACUGAAGUAAUGGUAAUAGACAGUAAUAAGGUAAUUGUUUUAUUACUUGUCUAAAUUUAUAUACUUCUAAAUGAAUAAAACAGUAGUUAUUGGUCAAAUGGAAAAAA